CUAGACAUCGGAGGAAUGACUCAGAACAACAUCAUGGCCAUGGAGGUAGAAGCUGGCUUCCAACAAUGUGUGGAGAACUUCGAUGCACUGUUAGCUGACCUUGAGCAGACCAUUCCAAAAAGGCCACCUUACCCCCGGGAAGGGCUCGACCACGACCCGGCGCCACCGGUACCACCCCCACCCGCACCAGGAGCGAUCAACGGCACAGCUGAUACCGGAGCCGACUUUCCACCGCCACCGUCCGAACAACAGUUAGCAGACUCCCUGCAUGAAGGCCAGUUUGCACAUGUUAGCCACUCGCAUGCCUCCUCCCCACACAACCCAGGGCCUGCCUCCUCACCAGACCCAGUGUAUCAGAGUUAUAACGUCCAGCCCCAGCUCCAGUACCAACACGCCCCCCAGCAGUUCGCAGCCUCCAGUUAUGCACCAAAGCCCUACCAGCCCAAGAAGAUGAGCUCCUCCCUCAACAACAACCUCUCCGAACUGGACUCUCUCCUAGCCGACCUGAAUGCAGCCCAGGGGUCAGGGGACCUCAACAGUUCAGCAGGGAGCUUACAUGUGUCCACCUCCCCUCCCCACGACUCCCCAGCCAACAACAAGAAGAUCCCUCCCCCCGUCAAGGCCAAGCCUAAGAAGGGCAUCUCCGACAUCAGGCCUGACGUAGACAGUCUGCUGGACGAGCUACAGAAUGCAGUUCCCACUGGAGCAAAUUCUCCUGGCCAGAGAGCGUCGCCAUACAACGACCACCACGCACCCCAGCCACACCAGGCCGUGAUUUCCCAGACUGCCCCGCAGCACGCCAUGCCCUCCCCGGUCUCCUCGGGCGGCCAGUCGUCCCCGCGGCCCCGCACCGCGUCCUCCGCCACCAAGGAGCUGGACGACCUCAUGGCCUCUCUGUCGGACUUCAGGAUGCAGAGUACUCAAGUCACCCAUGUACAGCCUCAGCCCAUGCCUGCCCCGCCCGCUGUGGUGGAGGAUGCCUACGCCACGCCCAACAAGGCCAGGAGCCCCACCUCCCCCAGCCCCGCGGGGGAGCCCCUCCCCCGGGGCAGCCAGCUGGACACCAUGCUGUCCAACCUGCAGUCUGACAUGUCCAGACAGGGGGUGCAGACGGUACAGAAGGGCCAGUGUGCAGCCUGCAGCAAGCCUAUUGUUGGCCAGAUUGUAACUGCCCUGGGAAGGACAUGGCAUCCAGAACACUUCACCUGCAAGAACUGUAACGGGGAGUUGGGCACCAAGAACUUCUUCGAGAGAGAUGGGACUCCCUUCUGCGAGGAGUGUUACCACAACCUGUUCUCCCCCAGAUGUGGCUACUGUAAUGGGCCCAUCCUAGAUAAAUGCGUGACAGCGCUGGAGAACACCUGGCAUCCCGAACAUUUCUUCUGUAACCAGUGCGGCCGCCCCUUCGGACAGGAGGGCUUCCACGAGAAGGACGGGAAGGCGUACUGUUACGAGGACUACUUCGACAUGUUCGCGCCCAAGUGCGGGGGCUGUAACAAGGCCAUCGUGGAUAACUACAUCUCGGCUCUGAACGGCCACUGGCAUCCAGGCUGCUUUGUGUGCAGGGAAUGCCUGCAACCCUUCCAUGGAGGCAGUUUCUUCGACCAUGACGGACAGCCAUACUGCGAAAUCCACUACCACGCCAAGCGGGGCUCGCUCUGCUCGGGAUGCCAGAAGCCGAUCACCGGACGCUGUAUCACCGCCAUGUCCAAAAAGUUCCACCCCGAACACUUUGUCUGCGCCUUCUGCUUGAAACAGUUGAACAAAGGAACAUUUAAAGAACAGAACGAUAAACCAUAUUGUCAUCCCUGCUUUGUAAAACUGUUCGGUUAGACUAAUGUUGGACGGUACGACAGGGUGUUGUGAAAACGAAGAUGGUUAGAUAGUAUCUACUGACUUAGAAUAUAGUCUGAAACAGUAACCAAUCAGACUGCUGCUUAUUGCAAAUUGAGCCCUAUGUAACCAGUGAUUGGCUACUUAAUAUCCAAUCAGCAAAGAGGAAACUUUGUUACUAUCCAGCCAAUGAGAGAGAUUAUUUUCAAACAUGUAUAUUUUAGGUACAAUUUUGCUUGAUUCAAAGAAUGGAAUUCUGCUUGAAAUCUAAUUUUUGUUUAGGCCAACAAUUACCAUUGAUUAUGACUUUUUCAAUCCAAAUGUGGUAUGAAUUUUGACAGACAUUGAAUUUAGAAUGAUAAAAGGACAUGUUUAGAAACAUAUAGAGAGGAUUGAAUAACAAAAAGAAAAAAAAGAUACACACAAAUUUUUAUAAGGAUGGGUUGAACCAUGCAGUUCUAGUAGGGGGGUCACCACAAAAGAUUGACAGGGUGUCUUUUUUCCUGUCUCUUUGUAAUUAUUAACUAAAGGUGAAGUAGUCUUGGAACAAUCUAACUCUUCUUUAGGGGGGUGUGGUGACACUGGGGACUAGUCUCUGACUUGAGGACAUAUGCCUUCCAAAUGUAAAUGCUUUUUGUUUGGAUAGUUCUGGAGUAGUCUUUGACAAAAAUCUCUGUACUCCAAAAGAAGACCAGAUCUUUAUAUUCCUAUAAAGCUAGCUGAUGCUGACCAAUAAUUUUGCAGUUGUUUCUGUAAUAAACUGAAAUGUAGUUUAUGGUUUAAGUUGCACAUGGGCAUUAUGAUUUAUUAUGGGCAACAUGUUAAAAGUUGAAGGAAACUGUCAAUUCUUUGCAUUUUGACAGGGUCCUUCGAAUUUGACAUAUUACAUGUAUUACCCACCAUGUAUCACUCUGCACAUGUGCAUUUCAAACUGUGCGCUAGCUUAUUGCAGGAAACCAUUUACAUUUGAUUCACCUUUGAAGCUGCAUUCUUGUCUCAACACACAAAUUAACCUUAUAGUAAGAUAUACCUGUAUAACUGCCUGCUUUAUAAGAGAUAUUACGGAUAAGAAUUAAAGAAUGACUUCCUACAUGUACUGUACCACAGAGUAUUCAGAAUAAAAUUGAGACAAAAGAUACCGUAGAGCCACUUUGACUUAUUGAAUGUUCAUAGCAUCUUAUUCAUUUAUUCCUACAGUUAUACUUUAGCCAAUGUUUCAUAUAUGUAUGGCCACUACAAUUUCUAAGAUGAAUGCUUCUUACGAUACUGUACUUAUCCACAUAUCAGGUCUAUUAUAAUUGCUACAAACUGUAUUACCGUAGUUGGCUGUCAGUAAUUGUGUAUUUAUAAGCUUUGACCGUAUGCUUCUUAAUGAGAAUCACGCAAGUAUUACACCAUAUUUCUAAGUAUAAUGAUAAAUCUAUAGGAGAAAUGUGUAAAAGGUUGCAUUAUAUAUUAUGUAUGUAUCAUUUGGUUGCUUGGUUUGUUGGCUAUUUAUGUUGUAUAAAAA